CCAGGAAACUAAUAAAGAGGGAUACCUCUUAGAAUGAGACGACAAAUUCGGCUCUUCAAACAUGGUUCGUUUUUAUAAAUAUAGGGAGCAUCCAAAUCAUUCAUACAGAUGUGUUUAAUGCUACUAUCAGUUGCUGUAUCUUUGAUCACUAUUCAAAUACUUGGGAACUAUUCGACUUUUUUGAGUUUGCUUGAACUGUUACUUAAAUAAGGCAUUGCCCUCCUAAUGUCAAAUAAAUCAUGAAAUUACAAGGUUGAGUCAAGUCAACCAUUGUCCCAGCUUAAAUUGAGUGCAAUGAAAUGUCAACCAAAGUCACCCAAUAUAAAAUGCUAUUACCAUGAGUUUCAUACUUCUGAGCUGUAUAAAUCAAAUCAAAUUCUUUUGAACUGAGUGAUUUUACAGUGUGAAGCUAUGAACUCUAACAAGACAGGAAAAAGUGAACUUGAUAGUUCAAAAUCAAUACCAUGUUCGGGCCUUCGUGGAGUAUUUACAGGGCUCUCAAAACCUACAACCAAAGAAAUUGUUGAAUCCAAGGUGCAAGCACAGGGAAGUGGUAACAGUUUGGAUGGUAGGUUUAGCUGGCCGAUACAGAUGGUCCAACCAGAAAUGGAAGCAUUAAAACAUGGAAGUAGUUAUGAGAAGGCACUUUCAUGUGCUAAUCAAUUGCUUAUCAGACAUUAUCUUACCCCUAUUGUACAAAUAGUCAGCAGGUCAAGCCCUCGGCAGAAUCAAGGACUGAAGAUACAGAUCCAAUAUACAUCUUAUAAUCUGUGACAACUAACAAGUGCAACAGGUGCACCAUGUACCAACCAGAACUUUUAUACUAAACCUCCCUCUUUUGGGGUUGUAGAAGAUACCACUCAAGCCAAA